AUGUCGAACUCCUCCAACUCUGAGCCCAAGUUCUCCACGCAGGUGGAAGAUCCCUCCAAGGUGAGAAAAUCUGCGGCACCGGCAGACCGCUUUCGUUGCCUCAUUCUAUCCGCUCCUGCUAACCAACGCCAGCCCGACGCCCCCAAGCACCAGCACGGACUCUUCGAGGCGGCCAAGGACAAGUUCUCGGCCCACCAGGGAAACCCCGGCCCGGUCUUGCUGAACAGUGCUAGUGGCGUACCGCAAGAGGGCACAAAGGAGGAGAGACGGGCAAAGGCGGAGGCGCUGAACAAGGACAAUUAG